AGAGAAAUGGUUGAACUGAGUUUAGAAGUUUAGUUCUACUCAAAACAUAGAAAAAUACACGAGGCGCAUAAAAUGAGCGAGAAAUCUCUCCACUUUUUUCUGAUCAUUACCAUUCUUAUUUUAGGUUUAAUGUUUACUGAUCAGCUGGAGAUUAAACAAACUGAGGAAGAGGAAGGACUACAAGGAACCAGACUCGGAGAUAAUAUAGAGACAGAGAAUCAGGAGGAAUGGGAUUUAGAAGAUAAAGCUGGGAUCAAGAACAGAUCCUAUGAUCUGGAUCAUGACGCUCAGCUGAAGCACGCCCAACUGCUGGAGAAGGUUAUCAGGUUCGGGUUGAACCAGAGCGAAUACCUCAUCACAGUUCAGGAGAAGGCUCUCUAUGAUAAAGGGAUUGUUCUAAACAAGUCUGAGCCUGCCCAUUUUGUGUCUGUGUUUAACAAACAGAAGAAGAGAUCGAAGAAUCUCUCCAAGUAUGCCUACGCUACCCUUCAUGCCAGUAGUCUACUAAGCCAACAGUUUAUGUUAACGAGGCAGCAGGUUCUCUAUGGUCUGGAGAGGGUUGAGCUCCGGAGCACGUCCUUGUUUGAUGAUUGUCCGCUCCGAAACCGUGAAGCAAGACAGGACGAAUGCUCCGGGUUCGCUGCUCUGUUCCGAACUCCAGAUGGAACUUGCAACAAUUUUCAUCAUCCAACCUGGGGAGCUUCUUUCACACCUUUCCUCAGGUUCUUGCCUCCGGAUUACAGUGAUGGUAUUGAGGCCUUCAGACGAUCAGUAUCCAACGGUCCUCUUCCCAAUCCUCGUAUCAUCAGCUCUAUGAUACACAGGGACGUGAGCAAGGAUACAAACCAGUUCACCAUGAUGGUGAUGCAGUGGGGGCAGUUCCUGGAUCAUGAUAUAACCUCCACACCUGUCACAAGAGGAUUUAAUGAAUCUAUCCUGAAGUGUUGUUCUCAAUCUCCUGAAACCAUGCAUCCAGACUGCCAACCUAUUAUGAUUCCAGCAGAUGAUUCGUUCUACUCCAAGUUUAAUGUUUCAUGUAUGGAAUUCGUACGGAGUUCUCCAGGACCCCGUCGUGACUGUUCUCUGGGACCACGUGACCAGAUAAACCAGAUUACAUCCUAUAUAGACGCAUCUAAUGUUUACGGGAGUACACCAGAUGACCAGCAUUCUCUUCGGUUAUUAAAAAAAGGUAAGCUAAAAUACACAGAUCUCCAUAUCCGUAAACCCCUCCUUCCUCCUCUGGAGUCCCUGGAAGCUGAGGAAGCAUGUCGGAUCAAGAGUCCGAACCUGCACUGCUUCCAUGCUGGAGAUGAACGGGUUAAUGAGCAGCCUGGACUAGCAACCAUGCACACACUCUGGCUCAGGGAGCAUAAUAGAGUAGCUGUAGAGAUGGGAUCAUUAAAUCCUCAUUGGUCUGAUGAUAGAGUGUUUCUUGAGACCCGGAGAUUUAUUGGUGCAGUUGUUCAGCAUAUUACAUACAAUGAGUGGCUCCCUAUUAUUCUCGGACCAAGGGUUCUUGAGAUAUUUGAACUAAGACUUCUUCCGCGAGGAUAUUAUAGAGGGUACAACGCCUCCGUCAACCCAACCGUGGCGAACGCUUUCGGCGCUGCAGCAUUCAGAUUCGGCCAUUCAUUAGUCAAGAACACAAUCAGCAGAUGCAACAAGGAAUUUAGAACGGUUCCCUUUCAUGUAGAUCUUCACAAGGAGAUGAAUAAUCCAAGUAAUCUUCAUAAUUUCGGCUCAGUAGACAGGAUACUGCUGAGUUUAUGUGAUGACAAGAUGGCAAGAAGGGACGAAUUUAUUACUGAGGAGCUAACCAAUCGUCUCUUCCAGACUCCGAAAUCUGGGUUCGGGAUGGAUCUGAUGUCUCUGAACAUCCAACGAGGACGGGAUCACGGUCUAGCUCCGUAUAAUAUCUGGAGAGAGCAGUGUGGGUUGAAGAGGUUUACAGCCUGGAUACAGAUGGAAACUGUCAUGGAGAAGACCACCGUGAAUCGAUUAGAAAACGUUUACGAACACGUGGACGAUAUUGAUCUAUUCACAGGUGGAAUGGCCGAGAAACCUGUUGUUGGAGGAAUAGUCGGCCCAACCUUCUCCUGUAUCCUUGGUCAACAGUUUCUAAACCUGAGGAAGGGAGACAGGUUCUGGUAUGAGAACGGAGAUCAUCCUGGAGCAUUUACUCCGUCCCAGCUCCAGGAGAUCAGGAAAACUAGCCUAGCCCGGGUUAUCUGCGACUGUUUGGAUGAUAUUGAUAUGCUUCAACCGUUUGCAUUCCUUCAACCUGAUCAAUUUGCGAACCAGAGAACAGUUUGUAAAGGACAAGGUAUUCAAAGAAUGAACCUGGAUCCCUGGAAGGAAGAACUACCGAAACCUCAACAGUUUAACAGUGAAUCCUUGUACCCGGAGCUUGCAGAUCUUCUCACAGAUCUGUCCCGUACUGGUGGAAUAGAGGAGCAGAUAUUUGCUGAUGAGGCUCCAGCUCGUCCUAGUUUCUCCAACCUGGCAACUAAUGAGAAGGAAGAAGAGGAUGAUUUAAAGUUUAUAAAUGGAGGAGAUAAUAUUCUUCAAAUCUUUAGAAAACCUUCAAUCGGUUUAGAAUCAGACGAGCAAUAUAAUGACGAGCUCCCUAAUCAACUGAACCCAGAACAAUAUUACAGAUUGAACUGGGCACUGAAUGAGGAUCGACAAGAUCUAAACAUGAACCAAGAAUCCUCGAGAAAUCUCAACUCUAAAACAGACCUGGAAGAGGAACUCCGCCAAAUAUCAUUCCAAGAUCUCCUGAAUCUCACGUAAACCAGAAUAUACCGAGGGUAAUUGUGAAAACUGUUCUCCGGGUUCCCACGAGGUGAAAAUCUAGAAGUAAUUAGUGUUGAGAGGUUUCAGGGUCACGGUUCAAGUUUAUUACAGUUUAUACUCUAACCCAACAUAGAUAACACAGGACUAGAGGGAAAACGUUGAAAAAUCACAGUUUAUACAGAUAGGGCAGAAUAUGUUGUUUCUAUCAAAUUGUUCCAGAAUUUUUGUAUAUUUCAACAUGGAAUUAAGUUUUUGUCCCUAUCUCUGAUUUUCUAAUUCCUAUUUCUUUGCAAUCCGAUGAUAUUUCAAACUUUAAAAUCUGUAAGAUCAAAAUGUCAAAAGUUUUCACCAUUAGUUUUCAAAGAUACAUGGAUUGUGGAAGAUACACAAUUCCUUUGUUAUGGAAUUUGAUUUAUUUGAACAUAAACCCUUUACCCAUUUAUAUUGGAUUUUAUUUGAUUUUCCUUGAAAUUUCAAACUGAGAUUAUCUUAUAUAAUUAGCAAACUCAUAGUUUUAAAAAUCUGAGGUACAAAACAUUGGGUUGCAAAAAUUUAGGGAUUAGAAAAUCAGAGUUUGUGACGAAGACCUUUCGUUUCCAAGAUUCUAUUAAAAUGUGAAAAUAUAUUUCAAUUAAAUCAAUUACCUUUUUAUCAAGGUCACCUAUAGAAUCUCAAAAAGAUCAUUCGCAGCCAAAGUAUUUCUGUGACACAUAAUAAAAAAUGUUUGUUAUAUUGUUAUGAAAGAUAAUUUUAAACCGAAUCUUGCGAAAGAUGCAAAAAGACUAUACACUAUAUAAUUAUCGUUAUGGUGAAUAAAAAGCAGAAAACCGUAGACUCCUUUCUUGUAUACUCAAUACUGAUUGAAUCGAUUUUUCUAUUUACUUCUGUUAUUUCUUACUGUUGCUAUUGCUAUUACUAUUGUUAUUUAUUUGUUAUUUAUUUAUUA